UGGCCACAGCACAGCAACGACCAACAACAGCCGUCGUUGUUAAGUCGUUGGUCUCGUUGCCGAUGGCUGGUCCAAGAUUUCUUGCCUGCGAAAAGAAAGCAACAUUGCCGAGACUCUCAGUUCUUCAACGACUGCUGAACGAGGCAAUACAUUACGAAACGUCGGCGGAAACGGAUAAGAAAGAAAAAACCAAAACAGUAGAGUGUGCGAAUGAGUGCUGCUGCUGGUAAUGGUAGACCACAAACAACGGUGGCUGUGUUCCGUGUUUUAUUUUAAAGAGAGAGAAAGAGCAACAAAUGUGUGAAUGUGUUUUGUUUUUUAUUUUUCAAACGGGGAAAAAUAAAUAAAAAUUGCAAUUUAAAAAGGAAAAAUAAUAAAUAAAAUAAUUUAAAAUAAAACUAAGCAAGUUUGAGAAAAUUGUCAAAAGAAAAAAUAAAUAAGAAAAGAAAUUCUUAAAUAAAACAAAGUCUUGUAAAUCGUUGUGUCGGAGUGCAAAAAAAAAAAAACGGAAACAAGAACGAACGUGUCUUUUUUUGUUGUGGCUGCAUGCAAACAUUAGAGCUUGUCCCCCACCCCCCGCCAGUCCUCUGACCAUUUAUUGCAUGAAAAACAAAGUCUAAUGUCCGUUGUGUAAAAAAAAAGAAGAAGAAAAAUCAUGAAAACAAGUUUCCUUUUUUGAGUCAGAAGUGUGGAAAAGCCAAGAAGCCAGUCUGAGUGAUAUUUCUGGAGUUUUGACAAAACAAGAAGCAGAAAAAAGAAGGCUAAAAAUAAAUACAGAAAUAAAGGAGAAUAAAAAUAAAGAAGUAAAUAUUGUGUGUGUGUGUGUGUUCAGACUCCCAAAAAAAUUAAAAAGGAUAUUCCCCGGAUCCCCUCCACCCCUUUCACAUGGAUUUACAAUUCUAAAGUGGAUUACAAAAACAAUUUUGCUGGCGUUCUUUUUUCCCAACCAGGUUCACAGAAUCAAGGAAUAAAACUUUGCCGUUUACAUCGUAAAGAUUUAAAUAUUAAAAGAUCUUUAAAUUCAAAUACCCACAGUUUUUUUAAGAAUUGCAACAUGGCAACCCUUAACCCAGUCCACACAACUGUUCAGCAGUAUUUUUAAGCUAAAACACGAACCAUUGUUCUGUUACGGUUUGUAAGCCAUGUUUGGUCUCUUGAAUACCACACAAAUUUAUGGCAUUCAAACGCAACAACAACAUCAAGGACAUGAACAACAACAACAACAACAUUUUCCAAUAAGUUUUCAUCCAGAAUCAUCAGCAUCAUCCGAUACACCAACCCCCCAUAAUAAUCUAAGUUCAUCAAAUUCCAAAGGACAUCGUCGCACUGGCUCUUCCAUAUCCGAUUCCGGAAGUUCAACAAAUAAAUUUUUCUCCAACAUAACCUCAAAAAGUCCCACAAAUUUUCUGGAGAAAUUUCUUAAAUCCGAUCUGCUCAAUACCUAUGAUACAUUGAAAAAUUAUCGCAACAGUUUUCCGAGUCAGCCCAAUAAGAGGUACUCCGAUCCAGGUCAACAUCAUCAGGAGAAUUCGGGGCAGGAGGGAUUUAGUUUUAAUUGUCUGCACGGCAGCUAUAGGCAUAGUUUUGAUGGUGAGUUCUAUGAGAAGACAGAGGUGAGGAACAGCAACAACAACAAGAAAAAAUCACAAUCUGAAGAAACCACCAGCUCCAGUACUCGUUCGUCGGCAACAACAAAAUCCAGUGAAAUGACUAUUAAAUGUUCGAAAAAUCUCUUGGCUGUUGAACCUGAGGUCCAAGGACCUGCCACCCUGCAAAAUUAUCAAAAAAUUCCCGAAAGUGAACAUGAUUUGUUGGUAGAUUCGCUACUGGUUGCCUCGAGUGGUGCUAGUUCAGGGGAAUUUAAUAGCAGCAGUGAUGCCACAACACAAAGUUCCAGUGGCGGCAGCGGAGGAGGAGGAGGAAAUGGCAGUUCCUCGUUCUCCUCAUCAUCGUCGAAUCUAUACAAACGCCUGUCGUUUGGUGGUAUGCGGAAUUCCCAGAAGCAGCAGGAUAAGAAUAGUGAAAAUUCGUCAUCACAACGGCAGCAGGAAGAGGGGGUUACCGACAAUUCCCCCAUUACCUUGAAUCUGAUACCCAGCCUCAAAGUAAUCGAUUUGCAUCGUUCAUCAUCAUCGAACUCCUCAUCGGGUGAUUGUCUCUCGAAGAGAGAUCGUAAAAAGGGAGCCAUGACACCCCAGCCGCAAAAGACUCCCCUUUCUCAGCUAUUGUCCUCGCCCACAACGCCCGCACCAAACGCCGCCCAGAUCUCAACGCCCAUAUCCGCCCAAGAAAAAGCCCAAAAGCGGAAGCUAUUGCAAAUGCUCGCCCAAAGUGAACAGCAAAACAAAUUGCUUCAACGUGAAUUAGCCAAAGAAAAACGCAGACGUUCCGAGGAGCUGGCCUGUGUGGUGAAGUCCCUGCUCUGUUUCGAAUCGAAACUCAAAAAUGACAUGAAAACCGUAAACCAACGACUUUCAACGAAGGAUGUGGAAAUUUGUCGUUUGGUAAGGCAAAAUCGAGCUCUGCGCAAAAGGCUAUGUCGCCUUAAGGCUGAGGCCAAGGAAUGCACUCGCGAUGAGGGUGUCGUGGAGGAUGAUGAGCUGGAAAAUGAAUUGGAAAAUAAAAACACCGAAGAUUUACUCGAUGACGAGGAAGACUGUCUAGUUAUGGAAGCCUUACAAUGCAUCAAUUGCCGUAGGCAAUUCUAUGAUAUUGAGGUACAAGAGACCGGUACACAGACCACACUGACCCAGGCACUGGGAACGGCCGGAACAGGCCUUAGUGGAAAUCUCAAGGAUAUUGGUGGCAAGAGAAAUAAUGAUGAUCCCACAACUGAACACGGCUCUUCGAGUGAUGAUACCGUUUCGUCAUCGUUCUUUGGAGCCCGACGCAGUGUACGCUACACAAGCAAACGAACCUCUGGCACAUUUCGUGAUUACAUGCGUUCGCGUGCCAUGAACAUUGACGAUCCCGCACUUGAAGCCGGCGACAAUUCCGAGGAGUAUCCCAGUACCAUUAGUCGUGACGAUUCACGUGAGAACAUCUACUCACGGGCGAUGGAACGUAUGCAUGGUGUCAAGUGUAUGGAAAGUGAACGAGACUCGGAACACAGUGGCCUGGAGACCACAUCCACAUCGUCGAUUACCCGUUCCAAUUCGCGGGCCAGUACAAAAAGUUCCAAAUCUUCGUCGAGUAAAUCGAGUGACAUGAGUUGUGGCAAUGCCAUGAUGGCAGCCAUGGAAGAAGAUGAUGGUAUAUUCUCUCCCACACAAGAUGAAGAUUUCGAGGAGGAGGACACCGGCUCCAGGCAUCGGAGGGAAGAUGGGGGUGUUUUGAAAAUUGUCAGGGGUCGGGCUUUGGAGGCAUUUUCGGAAGCCUCACCCAAACAGAUUUAUGAGACGUCGACGGAUGACUGGUAUGCCAGUGCCUCGGAUCAGGAGGAAAUGUCAAAUACCGGUGGAGUGAACUCCUCCAAAUCCUAUGGCCAGGGAGCUGUGAACCCGGUGCUGGAGUGUGUCAAUCAAAUUUUGUUGCAACAAUCCAUGGAGGGCAUUGAUGAUCGAUCUCAAACACCUAAGAAUUCAGUGGCCGCUUCAUCGACGACGACAACAACCCUACCUAGACGUAGCUCCCUAAGUGAUCGUAGAAAUAAUCGUAGCAAUAGUAGAUGUAGUAAUGAGGGUGCUGGCGCCUCAUCCGGCGGUGGUUCGCGCAAUGGUACCCUGAAUCGAAAACGUGUUCACUUCUCCACCAAAAACAGUAUGGUCCAUGUGCCGCGCAAUGAUGAAACCGAGGAGGAGGAGGAGGGUGAAGAGGAUGGGGCCAGUGCCAAGACCCGUAAUAUGAUCUCAAAUUAUCAGGUGACAGCCAUGGCUGCCGAAAGCAGCAGCUCAGCAGGAACAACAACAACCACAACCUAUAUGGCCCAUUCUCCGGCAGUAAGUAAUGGCGGUGCCGGGGCUGAGGUUUUCAACUAUGAAAGUAUUUACAGCAAUGAAUAUGAGCCGAUUGGUUCGGAAAUGAAUUCCUCGAACUUAUAUGUAGACAUGGAAUCCAGCCCUGGACCGGGUGGCAGCAAACAGGAGGCCUUGACCUUGAGAAGUAACAAAUUGCCGCCAGCCUUGCCACCAAAACCGGCAAAUCUUUUGAAAUUUAAAAAAUCCCUACAACAAUUGGACGAGUCGCCCGAUGAAGCCCAUGAGGAGGGUGAGACCCUGGUAGAGCCGGAUUAUUGUUCAAUUUCCGAGGUGAAUGUGGGCAUAACAAGUGUUCAAAUCAGGGCCGAUAUUCACAGGGCUCCCCUCUCGGAUAGAGACCUGGAGUCUGUGGUGGAAAAUGACCAAGACUUGGAUAACGCCACUGUGGUCUCGGAGGCCAACUCCCAGAAGACUGAAGAAAUUGAAGAGAUUUUUGCCGACAUACCAAAGUUACCGAAUGUGGCUGCCAUUAUUGCUCCGAAAUCGGCGCUGAAACAGAACAGUGAAUAUCUCACCAUGACACCGCGUACGGAAAAGGUUCCGCUGGGUAUUAUGGCCCUGACACCGGCCACAAGUACGCCCAACUCCAGCCUUAUUAUGGCCAGCGUCAAGAAACCAGAUCGUUCUGCCUUGAAAUUGAAUUUGAAUAGCAGCAAUAAUUCCUUUGCGACGGGCGGCUUAAAGACCGCCCCCUCCGCCCUGAGGCCCCAAUUAAGUUCCGCGAAUUAUCAGCAGCAAUAUAAACGGAAACAUAUGCCAAAUAUUCUACAGGAGAUCAAUAAACGUAUGAGCUUGCCAAAUUCCCCCAUAACCCCCACACCGCCCUCCUCAGCGGGCACGACAAUUUUCAAUAAAAGUGCCACAAUGCCGUUUGGAAAGUCCCUAAACUCCAGUCCCUUGGAGGCCUCAGAAUCUCUACACAGUCUACCGCUACAAGCGGAAUUUGAUUGGUACAAUCUGGAUGCGGAAUAUGGUAAAAAUUCCCAAACCGACCACAGCAAAGUGGGAGGAGGCGGCGGGGAUGGUGUUGCCAUGUCCUCAUCCCUGCUGGCCGAUAUCAAAGAGGAUGGUGAGAGUUUGAUAACCACUGCCGAUGAAUAUAAUCUGGAUGAGGAGUAUUCGGAUGAAUCAAUGCCACCGGAAAAGGAACAGGAUGCUGGCCAACUCAAUGAGGCCAUAAACCCCGUGGUCAUUAAUCAAAAUCAUGCCAAGGCGAAAAAAAUCAAAAAGAAUUUGGCCAAUUUUGAGAAAUUUAUUGAAACCGCCGGCGUCGGCAUCGGCAUCGGCCAAAAACCAUUGCCCACAAAACGGAAAAUCUAUUUUGCCGGGCCAUUUGUGUGAUAUGUAAAACAAAAAGGAAGUUAAAUUAAAUUUGGAAAAAUAAGAAGAAAAAAAUUAAAAAAAGAAAAAGUUUUAAACUUUUUUAAAAUUUAAUAAAAAAUUAUGAAAAUAUGUGGAAAUUGUAAAAACAACAAUAGAAAUUGUAAAAAUAUAAUUAUUGAAAUACUAAAAAAGAAUUCAUAAAUUAAAAAAAAAAACAAAUAUUUAAUAUAAAAUUAUAUAAUAACAACAAUAUAAUAUUAAAAAAAAAUAAAAAUUGUAUAAAAAAUCUGAA